AUGUCUAAUCCGUUUGAUCUGCUAGGCAACGACGUCGAGGACGCCACCGUUGUUGUGUCUCCUCCAAAGGAGCUUGUGAAGAAGACCACCUCUUCCAAGAAGGCGGACGUGCCUCCUCCAUCUGCCGACCCAUCGCGUGCCAAGAACAACAGACCAAAGCCAACCGGCAACGAGGCUGCGUUCAGAGACAAGCAGGCCGGCCGUUCGCAGAACAAGUCCAAGGACGCUCCUGCGCCAGGCAAGCCAGCCAAGGACAGCAGAAAGACCUUUGACCGCCACUCGAGAACCGGCAAGACUGACUCUGCCAAGAAGAUCAAGCAGGCGUGGGGCGACAACGAGAAGGAGCAGGCCGAUGAGGAGGCUGGUGCCGCUGUUGCCGAGGCGGAGUUGGCCGCCGACGCUGCCGAGGAGGAGCAGGCCACUGCAGCUGCCGUCACCUUGGAGGCGUACUUGGAGCAGCAGAACUCCGACCUGAACAAGGCCCCUGUCGCCAGAAAGGUCGAGAAGUUCGACGACGCUGAGUUGUUCGUUAAGAAGCAGGAGGUCUUCAUGGAGGCUACCAAGGUCAAGAACGUCAAGACGAAGCACUUGAAGGCCAAGCAGUUCCUAGAGUUUGAUGGCACCGAGUCCUUUGCUCCUAAGUCUCGCGACCAGAGAGACAACAAAAGAGGCGGCAAGGGCGGCAACAGAGGCGGCAAGAGCGGCAACAGAGAGCCUGCGCAGGCCAAGCCAGUCAACGCCAACUUCCCAGCCUUGAUCUAA